CGCGGAGGGGAGGGAAGCCGUACGGCGCCUGCGCGGAAGUGCGCGCGCAUGCGCAUUGACCGCAUGUGGAAGGACAAGUUGGUCCGCGACUUUGGAAAGCGUCAUGGCGGAGGUGGCCUCCGCUGACCCGGAGCCGGAGUCUCUGCGACUGAAACGUCUCCGGGGCGGCUUUUUCACGGUGCCUCCGGAGCACAGGCUGGGAAGAUGCCGGAGCGUGAAGGAGUUUGAGAAGCUCAAUCGGAUCGGAGAAGGGACCUACGGCAUAGUGUACCGUGCUCGGGACACCCUGACGGAUGAGAUCGUGGCACUGAAGAAAGUGCGGAUGGACAAAGAGAAGGACGGAAUCCCCAUCAGCAGCCUGCGGGAGAUCACCCUGCUGCUGAAGCUGCAGCACCCCAACAUCGUGGAGCUGAAGGAGGUGGUCGUGGGGAAUCAUCUCGAGAGCAUCUUCCUGGUGAUGGGCUACUGUGAGCAGGACCUGGCCAGCCUGCUGGAGAACAUGCAGGUUCCCUUCUCGGAAGCCCAGGUGAAGUGCAUCAUCCUCCAGGUUCUCAAGGGCCUCCAGUACCUGCACGACAACUUCAUCAUCCACCGGGACCUGAAAGUGUCCAACUUGCUCAUGACCGACAAAGGGUGUGUGAAGACCGCGGAUUUUGGCCUGGCUCGUGCCUACAGGGUACCCCUGAAGCCAAUGACUCCCAAAGUUGUCACACUCUGGUACCGAGCCCCUGAACUGUUACUGGGAACAACCACACAGACCACGGCCAUCGAUAUGUGGGCAGUGGGCUGCAUCCUGGCAGAGCUGCUGGCCCACAAGCCCCUGCUGCCUGGGAGUUCCGAGAUCCAGCAGAUAGACAUGAUCGUGCAGCUCCUGGGCACGCCAAACGAGACCAUCUGGCCAGGCUUCUCCAAGCUGCCCCUGGUGAGCCAGUAUACCCUGCGCAAGCAGCCCUACAACAACCUGAAGCACAAGUUCCCCUGGCUGUCAGAAGCCGGGCUCCGCCUCCUCAACUUCCUCUUCAUGUAUGAUCCCAAGAAAAGAGCCACAGCCGGCGACUGUCUGGAGAGCUCCUACUUCAAAGAGAAGCCCCUGCCCUGCGAGCCGGAGCUCAUGCCGACGUUCCCACACCAUCGCAACAAGCGGGCUGCCCCGAGUGCAGCCACAGAGUGCCCAGGCAAACGCAGCCGGCCCUAAGCCUCUUGUAUGGCAUGCAGAAGUGGCACAGCACAUGCACGUGGGGCAAAAUUUGCCUCAGAAGGAGCCGGAGCCUGUCACGGGCGGAAGAGAACCCUCCCCUGCUGUCUGGGGCUUCCCGAAUGUCUCGGGGUUUCUAGGAACAGACAGAAGGAUAACCUCACUGGAUGCCAGCCGGCAUCCUCUUGCUGGGUUUCCCUGGACACUGAUCAGCAGGGCGCGACGGUGCCAGCCGCAGCACUGACAAGUGGAUGGAUCCUGCCCCUAAGCACAUAACCGCACUUCACCAUGAGCCAUUCCUGCUGGCCACUGGGAAGUAUUAUAUGGCCAGGCUAUUCAUUAGGUUACUUUGCGCAGUGGAAGGCUUUCUCAGGUGACAUCCAGAGUUCUGGCUCUGAACCGUGCACCCUGCACAGCAGUAUUGGAAACCAUAGACAAUGCAGGCAGCCAGUGCCUAGCCUGUCUCCCACAAAUAUGUCUAAUCCCAUUCAAGCCUAUCUCCAGACCUGGUGGCAAUAGAUACCAUAAAUUAUGUGUUGUAUGAAA